GCUCAACCCCCUACCAUCUAAACAACCAUACCCACGUCUAAGCAAAGCGCGAUAAAACCUUAUGUUCUCUCUCUCCCAACUCUUCUCCUUCUAUUUUUAGUCAUUCCUCCCCUUCACGUUUCAAGCUACUCCGCUCUCCCUUCCCUCCCUCCCCGCCAAUCCCUAGUUUCUAUUCUUUUUUUCUUUAUUUAUUUAUAAUCCUUCUCUAUUUCCCAUUUUUAUCCUUUUAUCGUUUCAAUUCCUACCCUUCCCCUCCCUUCCAAUUAAAAAGGAAGAGAUCCCUCAUUAUCAAAAAUUUCCCCUUUCUCGGGGGAAAUUUGAUUCCACGGGGCAUUUUUUUUUUUUUUUUUUGGAUUUUAGAUCUUUUACGAGUUCCACAUAAUCGUGAUUUUUUUUUUAAUCCCUUGAUCAAAUAAUUUUCUUUUUUUAAAUUCCGGGGGAUGGGAAGGGGGACCUCGUCGGAGGGCGAUGUGAGGAGCAAUGGGAGGCGAGGGGACAACGCCAUCUAUCCGCUCGAGAUGAACCCCACGGAGGCGGUGCCGCCGCGGCGCGGCGGCGGCGACGACUUCCGGCCGUUCCGGAAAUGGUUCCCGUGGCUGGUGCCGCUGUUCGUCGUGGCGAACGUUGUCGUCUUCGUGGUCUCCAUGUACAUAAACGACUGCCCGAAGAAAUCCACCAGCUGCGUCCUCGACUUCCUCGGGAGGUUCUCGUUCCAGCCCCUCAAGGAGAAUCCCCUCUUCGGGCCCUCGUCCGUCACGUUACUGAAGAUGGGGGCUCUAGACGUGAAAAAAGUGGUUCAUGGGAACCAAGGAUGGCGCCUCGUCACAUGCAUGUGGCUACAUGCUGGAGUUAUCCAUAUACUUGCCAAUAUGUUGAGUCUCCUAUUUAUUGGCAUUCGACUUGAGCGAGAAUUUGGAUUUGUGAGAAUUGGCCCAUUAUAUGUCAUCGCUGGCUUAGGUGGGAGCUUGCUGUCUGCUCUAUUUAUCCAAGCAAGUAUCUCUGUUGGAGCUUCUGGUGCUCUGUUUGGAUUACUAGGAGCAAUGCUUUCCGAACUUAUAACAAACUGGACCAUUUAUGCAAAUAAGUUUGCAGCAUUAUUGACCCUUGUCGUCAUCAUUGCAAUUAACCUAGCUGUCGGAAUCCUUCCACAUGUCGACAACUUUGCUCAUAUUGGAGGAUUUAUUACAGGUUUUUUUCUUGGUUUUGUGAUUCUAAUUCGCCCGCAGUUUGGGUAUAUCAGCCAAAAGAAUGCUCCUCUUGGAUAUCAUAGUCGUUCAAUUAAACGCAAACACAAGACAUACCAGUAUGUAUUAUGGAUCAUUUCGGCUAUUGCACUAGUUGUAGGGUUCAUUGUUGGCCUAGUUUUGCUAUUCAGAGGGGUCAAUGCAAAUGACCAUUGCUCAUGGUGCCAUUAUCUGAGCUGUGUCCCCACUUCAAGAUGGAGCUGUGAGUCACAAUCUAAGUCCUGCUUGACCUCCCAAAGUGGGCAUCGGUUGAAUUUGACAUGCGAAGAUAGUGGGAAAACCAAAGCAUAUGACUUAUCUGGCAUGACUGAUGCUGCAUCUCAGAUUUAUGAGCUUUGUGUCGAGCUUUGCGGUUGACAAGAGAGGGAUAUUUCAGUGUUGUGCAUUUCCUGAUCUAUAAUAUAUGCAGAAAAGGCAUGCAUUGGACCUUAUGUAGUUUGUAAGUGUGUAAUGAUCUGUAAUGCAAUUUGUUCUGUUCUGUAAUAUCAUUUCAUUGUAGGCCUGUAGGGAAAUAUAAUAUUGCUUGUAUUUUCUCACAGCAUAAAAGAAAUUGCCAGUCAGUUUUCUUUCCUUA